CAAACAAUUGAGAAGAGUUUUAUAGUAUAUAUAUAUAUAUAUUUGCAGAAUGCCUCAAAUUUGUCGUCGCCGAAGAAAGUAAAGAAGGUUUAUUGAAGACAAGGGUCAAAAUUUCUUGUAAUUUCGCAACAAUACUAGUGAGAGAUAAAGAAGUUGUUGAAUUAAACGUGAGUGAAAAAUCCGGCCGGUAUAUAGUUUCCAUUGCUAAGAACAAGAAGUGGACUGAUAAAGAUCGUAAAUAUGUCAACUAAAUUAAAGAAACCCUGACGAAUAUAUCUAAAGAUGUCCCAUGACAUUCAAACAGGCACAUCGCAGAAAGGAUGUGAAAGAUCUAUCCUCGGCUGUAAUGAAUAAAGAUCAAGAAUAUUAUGAAGAUAGAUUAAUUUGUAAUAGAGCAAAUAUUUUAUAUUAUUAUAAAUAUGGAGAAGCUCUUGAAAAGAAAAGGAGUAAGAAAGUUAUAAGAAGCUCGGGCGUAGAUUGGGAACAUCACCAGAAACUCAUCAAAUGUGUCGAGAGAUAUGCUGAAGCUCGACAAAAAGUUCUAUCUAUUCCGGGCAUCUCAGUCCUCGAAGAUAUCCAAUAUGCGAUGGCUCUUAUCCACGAGGAAUAUAAGGCCAAUACCUGGCCAGAUAAAUUCAAGAAUAAAUAUAAUUUAUCACUUGCAGAAUCUCCAUUAAAGGAAGCUUUAGUUGCGGCCAGAAUUCUGGAAGAAUAUUCAGACUUAACAACAGUUUUACAUCGAGAUCUUAAUUACGAUUGGCACUGGGCCGUUAAUGAAACUGGAGAAAUGCUUGAUAAGACUAUAGGAUAUGAUUCAUCAUAUGAUGAUCAUCUUGAAGAAAGCGAAGUCAAAAGAAGUGAAUCUAAGAAGAGCUCAACUGAAGCUACAGCAUAUAAUAACUGGUAUUAAAGUCAAAUUAUAAGUUGUUUUAUAAGGCAAUCUUUUAUAGUCCAAAUUUUUGUAUUUUCAUGUAUUCCAUAAUUAAUAAAAUCCUUUUUUAUAUUAGUUAAUAAAAUGCUUAACCUUUUUUUUUGUUCUUUUUUUAUUACAAUAAGUAUGAAUUAAUAAAA